AUGACAACUGCCACUACCCUUGAGGGCAACGAUCCCCGUGAUCCAACCCACGCCGCAUUUGGAGACAAUGAGCCUGUUGAGAAACAGCUCGCGCAUAACAUCCAUGACCGGAGCGUUUCUUUUGAAGAAUACGUGUACUAUGCAACAAUUACUCGUGCCGAUGAGAAGAUCGCCAAUGAGAGAUUUGUCGCUGCUGCAGGACCCAAGAGCUUCAAGAGCGUCAUCAAGAGCAGAUUUUCCAAGGGCCACAAGGAAUCUACUGCGCUUGACUCUCCAACAGCCGAUAAUAACUCGAAUGGAGAGAAGACCGCGUACGAUGAAAAUGGUAUUAUCCCCGCCCGUCGCAACCUUGGCGGGAUUACAGAUUCUGAAUGGAAAAAUGCUUCCCGAGCUAUUCGGACUGCUGGGUGGAGUAGUGUUUUCUACUUGAUCACCACUGAUAUCUUGGGUCCCUUCUCUGUCCCGUGGGCAUUUGCUCAGAUGGGCUGCGGACCAGGUGUGGCCUUGUACACUGUUUUCGGUGGCUUCGCUAUGUACUUCGGAUUCCAGCUCUGGAAAGUCUUCAUGGCAUUGGACUCCGACCGAUAUCCUAUGAAGAGUUAUGCAGAUUGCUUCUUCCGAGUUUACGGCAGAUGGGCACGACACGGCGUGAAUAUCCUGCAGGCAAUCCAACUCUUGUUUACGGUUUCCAUCCUCAUUCUCUCCAACGGUCAAGCCAUCUCUCAAGUGUCGAAGGCCAGCAUCUGCUUCAUUGUGUGCCUGGUCAUCUUCAUGGCCGCUGGCAUGGUCGUCGGCCAAAUCCGAACACUUCAGCGAUUCGGCUGGCUGGCAAAUUUCGCCGUAUGGAUCAACUUGCUCAUUCUGUUUAUUGCCAUGGGCGUUGCAGCCAAUUCUCCUCCCAAUUAUGCCACGGCUGAGGCAUCUUUCGGACCGAACUUCGGACCAGGACCCGUCCACACCUACGCCGGCACGCCUCCUGACGGAAUGGCCUCCGGCGGUUCCGGCUUCGUCGGCUCCUUGAACGGUCUCAACCAAGCCGUCUAUUCCUACGGAGGAGCCAUGCUCUUCAUCUCCUUCCUCGCUGAGAUGCGACACCCCUGGGACUUCUGGAAAGGGAUCCUCUGCGCCGACAUUUUCAUCUAUGUCGUGUACCUCUUCUUCGGCGUUUUCGUCUACAGCUAUCAAGGCCAAUACGCCUUCAAUCCCGUCAUGCAAGGUCUCUCCCCGUACAACUGGCAAACAGCAACCAACAUCAUGAACAUCGUCACCGGCCUCAUCGCAGCUUGCCUCUACGGCAACAUCGGUAUAAAAGUCGCCUACGUCGAAGUCUUCCAAGAACUCCUCCACGCCCCACCCCUCACCACUAAAACCGGAAAAUUCCUCUGGGUCGCUCUCGUUCCCGCCUACUGGGCUUUAGCCUGGGUAGUCUGUGCCGCCAUUCCGCAAUUCUCCUACAUCUCGGGGCUCGUGGGUGCGGUCUGUAUCCUGCAAUUCACGUACACUUUCCCCGCGAUCCUCGCCUUCGGUUUCCAGAUCCAGAAAGACGCCAUGGUGCCCGAGGAAUCCUUCGACCCGGCUACCAGGACUUAUAAUCGGAUCGACACGGGUGUUAAGAGGUGGGUGAGAGGUUUUAAGGUUAAGUGGCAUUUGAAUGCGUUUAAUUUCUUUUAA